AAUUAUUUAUGGGGCGAAGUUAAUGGUUUAGAUUCAACAAAAAUAAAACUUUGCGUAUGUCCUGAAAAAGGAGAAAUAUUGGCUGGAAAUAUCCAAAAAAUGGAGAUAAUUAUUACGCCUAUAAAAGAGGGGAUCGUACAAUCAUUAUUUAUACCAUGUUUUGUAGGAGAUUUGCAUAAAAUAAUAAUGUUAGGAAUUGAGUGUUUUAUUGAACCGCUUUAUGUGACGUUUUAUUUUCCUUUAAACAACAAAAUGUCAUUAGAAUUAAAAAAUAAUUUUGUUAAAAUCGAAUGGCGGACAGACAGUUUUAAAUUCGCUUUUGAUAUGGCAGGAAAAUCUAAAAAAUAUAUGAAAAUAUUAAACAAGUAUAAAAAUCGAGAAGAACGAGAAAUAAUGAACAUGGAUUUAGAUCAAGGAGAGAUCCUUAAAGAUGCUUCAACCGAUCCUUUGAUACAAGAAAUGGUUGCUGAAGAAUCAAGCGAAUAUUUUCCGAAUACUUCUGAAAUCAAUAGUUUUCAAACAAGUAAUCAGAGAGUACAAAUUGAUAAUAAUUAUUCACAAAAUACAAUUUCCUCUAGAAAUAUCAUACCAUUUCAUCAAAGAUAUCUUCCAUUAAUUACACAACCUAUUGUAAUAGAAUUUUUAAAUUUACCAUUAAGAACAGUGCAAAAGAAAACUUUUAUAAUAAAAAAUGAGACUUCAAUUCCAACUAAUUUUUGGCUUAGUAUUAAGAAUUUUUAUCCUAUCAGAUGUGCAUGUGAAUGGAAAUCAAAAAAAAAUCUAAUUAAAUCUAUUUAUAAGCGAGUGUUUGGUCAAAAAAAAGGAUUAAUAGAAGAAACAUUAUAUAAAGCGAAACAAUCUGGAUCAGGUAUAGUAAUUUAUGUUGAUCCUUUAAAUUCAGAUAUUGGCCCUUUUAAAGCCAUAUCUGUGGAUAUUUAUGUUUUCGCUGAUACAUGGGGUAUUUAUGUGGAUGAAUUAGAAAUAAAUAUUAUUGGUUUACCAAAAUAUACCAUAGGAAUAUGUGUACAAGUUGUUGGAUCACCAAUUACAUUAUCAAUUUCUGAUAGAAAUGAAUUUAAUAUACCUGUCAUCAAAUAUGGAAUUGAAGCUAUAGGUAUGCGUCUAAAUGACAGAAAAAUAUUAUUGACAAAUACAAGUGUAAUACCUAUAGUUAUUAAUUGGCAUACAUUUUUAGUUAAACCAGUUAUAAAAAAAAUGCCUUUUAAUAUAGUAUUUAGCAUCCAGACUCCAUUUACUGACAAAUUAGCAUCACAAUUAAGAUUAAAUAAUAAAAAAACUGAGAGUGAAAUACACUUAGAAGAACAUACAAAUUUUUCUUUAUCAAAGAAUUUAAAUACAUGUGAUUCUAUUGAAAUUAAUGAUAUAAUUGAUUCUACAACAUCUAGUUAUAUGGAAUCCUCAUUUAUAACUUCGUCUGCAAUAUCUAAUAAUGAAAUUUUAAUAAAUAAGUAUUCCAAGUGUAAACAUGAUUGUAAAAUUUGUUUCAAAUGCAAGAACUCAAAUAUAAAUGACAUUGAAUUAAAAAUUUCAAUACUUCCUUAUUAUGGUUUAACUAAUACAAAAAUUUGCAAAGUAAGAAGAUAUUUAAAAAAACAUAUUCUUGAAUAUGAUAAAAAAUUUUUAUUUUUAAUUUAUUUUUAA